UUGUGUCUUCUCCAGGAGACUCCUGCUGCUUUAACUUUCCUCUCCAUUCCCUCCUUCCCCUUCGUCCUCCUCUGAUAGUGAAUGAGCUCCAGACAUAAGAGGGGAAGGUCGGUCUGACAGGGAGGGGGACACUGGGCAUCACGGCACACAAACAGAGACAGGAGGGGAGGAGGGGUCAGGGAUCGCCCUCACCACCCUCAGAGUGUCAACGUGCAUCAGUAAAUUACGCCAUCGGAAGGGCAAUUAUGUAAUCUGUCUCCUAACAACCGAUCACGAUCGAUUCGAACUCACGGAGAACGUGUGAUUGACAGGCGCUCGGCUGCUCUCUAUAUAAAGAGGAGGGAGCCUGGAGCCGGAGUCUCUGUUGUGCCUCAAGUACCGCUGACUGUGGAUGUACUGCACCAAACCUAAGUGGACUUUUACGCAUUUUACGCACGAGGUUUUUCGUCUAUUUUUUGGAGAAACUGAUAUCUGAUUGGUCAUCGACCCAGACCAAGAAAUUUGUAUUUGACAUUUUUUUAAAUGGUUCUGUCGGAUAAUUAGGUAAAUAACUGAAGAAAGAAUCGAAAACAACUACCUUUGUCAGACAUGAUACUCAGGAGGAGUCUCUUCUUGCUGCUUCUGUCAUUUCAUCUCCUCCAUGCAUUACCUAAAGAUGGUGAGCAGGAGGAUGAGACAGCCUUUGACUUGUUUGAAAUAAGCCACAUCACACGUAAGACUCUAGGAGCCAAACAGUUCCGGGGCCAAAACUCUGACAUCCCUGCGUACCGCUUCAUCCGCUUCGACCACCUACCCCCAGUCAGCCCCCCCAUACUGAAACAAAUUCUGCAACAGAUGCAAAACAAUGAAGGCUUUGUGUUUGUGGCCAGCAUGCGACAGGACCGGGCCUCACGGGGCACCCUGAUUGGUUUGGAGGGCCCUCACGGUCAGAGGCAGUUUGAGAUUGUUUCCAAUGGACGGGCCAAUACUCUGGACCUGGUGUACUGGGUGGAUGGCUCGCAGAAUGUGGUUUCCUUUGAGGAUGUGGACCUGUCCGACUCUCAGUGGAAGAAUAUCACACUUCACAUUCAUGGGGAAAACGCAAACCUAUAUGUGGGCUGCAGCCUGAUCGACAGCUUCAUCCUGGACGAGCCUUUCUAUGACCACCUGAAGGCUGAGGGAAGUCGCAUGUAUGUCGCAAAAGGAUCAAUCCGGGAAAACCACUUCAGGGGUCUUCUGCAGAAUGUACGCUUCAUCUUUGACACCCCAGUGGAAGAAGUCCUCCAGAGCAGGGACUGUGAGAUCACCACAGAAGAUGAUGCUAAUCUUGUGAGUGAGAGCACAGAAAUUGUAGAUGUGAGCCCCUCCAUCACUACAAACAUCAUCGGUCAGAAGGCAGAUGAGCUGGGCACGGAUAUGUGUGAACGCUCCUGUGAGGAACUAAGCACCAUGUUCCAGGAGCUCAAAGGCCUCCGUGUUGUUGUCAGUAACCUCAUGGACGGCCUACAGAAAGUGACAGAGGAGAACACGGUUAUGAAGGAGGCCCUGGGGAAAAUGAGGAACUCAAAGGAGAAAAACAUGUGUUGGCAGGACGGCCGGCUGUUUGAUGAUAAGGAAGACUGGGUUGUAGACAGCUGCACCAAAUGUACUUGCCAGGAGUCCAAGAUUGUGUGUCACCAAAUCACAUGCCCCCCAGUGGCAUGUGCCAGCCCUACAUUCGUGGACGGAGAAUGCUGUCCAGUUUGCAUGCCUCAAUACAGCGAUGAUGGCUGGUCGCCCUGGUCUGAGUGGACGGAGUGCACGGUCACAUGUGGGAUAGGAACUCAACAGAGAGGUCGGUCGUGUGAUGCAACUAGUAACCCCUGCACUGGACCUUCCAUCCAGACUCGCAAAUGCAGCCUGGGCAAAUGUGACAGUCGUGUGCGUCAGGACGGAGGGUGGAGCUUGUGGUCACCGUGGUCGUCCUGUUCAGUGACCUGUGGAGAAGGACAGAUCACCAGAAUACGACACUGCAACGCCCCGGUGCCACAGCUGGGGGGUAAAGACUGUGAAGGAAAUGGAAGAGAGACUCAGCGCUGCACAGCCAGUCCAUGUCCCAUCGAUGGUGGUUGGGGUCCAUGGUCGCCGUGGGCAACCUGCUCGGCAACAUGUGGUGGUGGAAUCAAAAGUCGGACAAGAGAGUGCAACAGCCCUCAUCCUCAGCAUGGUGGCAAGCGGUGCAGUGGAGAAGCUGAGGACAGUAACAGCUGUAACAAGGAAGAGUGUCCAAUUGAUGGCUGUCUGUCUAAUCCGUGCUUUGGUGGAGUGGUGUGCAACAGUUCUCCAGAUGGAUCCUGGGGCUGCGGCCCGUGUCCCGCUGGUUUUCGUGGAAACGGAACCUUCUGUGAAGACAUUAAUGAGUGUGAUAUGGUAUCUGACGUUUGCUACAAAGUGACUGGAACCCAGCGCUGUGUCAACACUGACCCAGGGUUCCACUGCCUCCCUUGUCCCACACGCUACAAAGGCACCCAGCCCUUUGGUAUGGGCGUGGAAGCUGCCAAGAAGAACAAGCAGGUGUGUGAACCAGAGAAUCCAUGCAAGGACAAGACCCACAACUGUCACAAAUUUGCUGAAUGCAUCUACAUUAGCCACUUUAAUGACCCGAUGUACAAGUGCGAAUGCCGGACGGGUUAUGCUGGAGAUGGGUUUAUCUGUGGAGAAGACUCCGACUUGGAUGGAUGGCCCAACCACAACCUUGUGUGUGGGGCCAAUGCAACAUAUCACUGCAAGAAGGACAAUUGCCCAAGUCUGCCCAACUCUGGCCAGGAAGACUUCGACAGAGAUGGUCAAGGAGAUGCCUGUGACAAGGAUGAUGACAACGAUGGAAUUUUAGAUGAGAGGGACAACUGCGCCCUCCUUUACAAUCCCCGCCAGUUUGACUUUGACAAGGAUGAAGUUGGCGACAGAUGCGACAACUGCCCCUAUGAACACAACCCUGCUCAGAUAGACACUGACCACAACGGAGAAGGGGACGCCUGUGCAAUAGACAUCGACGGAGAUGACAUUUUGAAUGAAAGCGACAACUGCCCCUAUGUGUAUAACACUGACCAGAAAGACACUGACAUGGAUGGAGUCGGUGAUCAUUGUGACAACUGUCCACUGCUGCACAACCCUGACCAGACUGAUGUUGACAACGACCUGGUCGGAGAUCAGUGUGACAACAACCAGGACAUUGACGAAGACGGUCAUCAGAACAACCUGGACAACUGUCCUUACGUGGCCAACUCCAACCAGGCUGACCAUGACAAGGACGGAAAAGGAGACGCAUGCGACUAUGACGACGAUAACGACGGCAUACCUGACGACAGGGACAACUGCAGACUCACGCCCAACGCAGACCAGCUGGACUCUGACGGUGAUGGACGAGGGGAUGUCUGCAAAGAUGACUUUGACAACGACAACAUCCCAGACAUUCUGGAUGUGUGUCCGGAGAACAAUGCCAUCAGCGCAACAGAUUUCAGGAAAUUCCAGAUGGUCCACUUGGAUCCUAAGGGAACAACCCAAAUCGAUCCCAACUGGGUGGUCAGGCACCAGGGCAAAGAGCUGGUCCAGACUGCCAACUCUGACCCUGGCAUUGCCGUAGGGUUUGAUGAGUUCAAUGCAGUGGACUUCAGUGGAACCAUGUAUGUAAACACAGACAGAGAUGAUGACUAUGCCGGCUUUGUGUUUGGCUACCAGUCCAGUGGGCGUUUUUAUGUCGUGAUGUGGAAGCAGAUCACACAGACGUACUGGGAGGACAAACCGUCCAAGGCUUUUGGCAUUUCUGGAGUUUCGCUCAAAGUUGUUAACUCCAGCACUGGCACUGGAGAAAACCUCAGGAAUGCUCUUUGGCAUACAGGGGACACUCCUGGACAGGUCCGUACUCUUUGGCAUGACCCCAAAAACAUUGGCUGGAAGGACUACACAGCCUACAGGUGGCAUCUGAUCCACAGACCAAAGACUGGGUUUAUAAGAGUUGUGGUCUAUGAGGGUAAACAGAUCAUGGCUGACUCAGGGCCAGUUUAUGACAAAACAUUCGCCGGAGGAAGAUUAGGCUUGUUUGUCUUCUCGCAAGAGUUGGUGUUCUUCUCCGACCUCAAGUAUGAAUGCAGAGACAAGCCGGAGUUGCCAACCGUGUUCACGAGAUAACUGAGCCGAGUCUUCAAGAGCAGAAGAGAAUUCAAAACACAGACACCAACAGACACCACACACACACACACACUCACACACACACACACACGCACACACA